AAAAUUUCAAGUAUAUAAAGCACAGACUUUCUGACAGAAUAAUUAUUAUCACUUAACGGUACUGAGUACUAGCUAGUUGAAGAUGACUCGAACAGUAUUGCGCAUUUUCCUGCUGAUGGCGGUUGCCAUGUCGCUAACUUACGCAUCAGGCAACCCCGCUUUGCCAUGGGGUAUACCCGGUAUUAAACCAGAGGGUUCAUCCACCACGCUGGCACCAUCUACUGCAUCUCCAACCAGAGGUACUUGUCCUGAGCCCAGUGAGGAAUUAAUGGCAUGCAUGCGUCAAUGGGCCUGCCAGUACUUGAUACGCCUCGAUUUGCGCUGUCUCCUCAAUUUGAAUGGUCUACCACUAAUUGGCAAUGUUUUGGGCGGCGUUUUGGGUGGUGGUGGCCAAUCGCCAACCCAACAACCAGCGCUUGGUGGUGGCGGUGGCGGCAUCUUAGGCGGUUCCGGCGGUGGUCUACUUGGUGGCCCUGGUGGCCUACUCGGUGGACUUUUGGGAUAAUUUCGCCUGAGUUUGCGAGUAUUUUAAUUUAAGCAUCUGCUACAUGGAGCACUAUAAAAAUAUAUGUAUAUCCAUGAAUCUAUAUAUAUCUAUGUAUGAGUAUAUGUAAAAAGAAUAAUAAAACGGCAUUUUAAUUGCUUAUAUGUAU